UCUUAAAUUAGCCACUUUAAGCUUCGCGAUACCGCCCCCAAUUUCAGCGUCGGUACGGAGCCGCCAGGCCGGGACAGAGUCGGAGAGAGAGGCCUCGGCAAUGGAAGCGCUCGGACCCGGCCCGCCUGCCCCUACCUCUCUGUUCCAGCCUCCGCGGCGUCCCGGCCUGGGCACGGUGGGGAAACCCAUCCGUCUCCUGGCGAACCACUUCCAAGUGCAGAUUCCCAAGAUUGAUGUCUAUCACUAUGAUAUCGACAUCAAGCCUGAGAAACGGCCGCGGAGGGUCAACAGAGAGGUGGUGGACACGAUGGUGCGGCACUUCAAGAUGCAGAUCUUUGGAGACCGACAGCCUGGUUAUGAUGGGAAGAGGAACAUGUACACAGCACAUCCACUGCCAAUAGGAAGAGACAGGGUGGAUCUGGAGGUGACCUUACCUGGCGAAGGGAAAGAUCAAACUUUCAAGGUCUCUUUGCAGUGGGUGUCUGUGGUCAGUCUUCAGAUGCUCCUGGAAGCGUUGUCGGGUCACCUCAACGAAGUCCCGGAGGACUCCGUUCAGGCUCUGGAUGUUAUCACGCGCCAUCUUCCUUCGAUGAGAUACACUCCAGUGGGACGUUCUUUCUUCUCUCCACCUGAGGGCUACUACCAUCCUUUGGGUGGUGGCAGGGAGGUGUGGUUUGGGUUCCAUCAGUCCGUGCGUCCAGCUAUGUGGAACAUGAUGCUCAACAUCGACGUGUCUGCCACCGCUUUCUAUCGCGCUCAGCCCGUGAUUGAAUUCAUGUGCGAGGUUUUGGAUAUCCAGAACAUCAAUGAACAAACCAAACCCCUGACUGACUCGCAGCGUGUCAAAUUUACUAAGGAAAUAAGAGGCUUGAAAGUGGAGGUCACACAUUGCGGUCAGAUGAAGAGGAAAUAUCGUGUGUGCAAUGUGACUCGUCGACCAGCCAGCCAUCAAACGUUCCCCUUACAACUUGAGAACGGCCAAGCAAUGGAAUGUACCGUCGCGCAGUAUUUCAAGCAGAAGUACAAUCUACAGCUCAAGUAUCCACAUUUACCGUGUUUGCAAGUAGGACAGGAACAGAAGCACACUUAUCUGCCAUUGGAGGUCUGUAACAUAGUCGCAGGCCAACGCUGUAUUAAAAAACUGACAGACAACCAGACGUCCACCAUGAUCAAAGCUACCGCUCGUUCCGCCCCUGACAGACAAGAAGAGAUCAGUAGACUGGUCAAGAGCAACAGCAUGGUCGGUGGCCCUGAUCCGUAUCUGAAGGAAUUUGGUAUUGUGGUGCACAAUGACAUGACUGAAGUCACCGGACGAGUGCUCCCGGCGCCCAUGCUACAGUAUGGGGGCCGGAAUAAAACGGUGGCCACGCCCAAUCAGGGCGUGUGGGACAUGAGGGGAAAACAGUUCUACGCCGGCAUAGAGAUCAAGGUGUGGGCCGUGGCUUGCUUCGCGCCGCAGAAACAGUGCAGAGAAGACCUGCUCAAGAGCUUCACUGACCAGUUGCGAAAGAUCUCAAAAGAUGCAGGGAUGCCCAUUCAAGGCCAACCAUGUUUCUGUAAAUACGCCCAAGGAGCGGACAGUGUGGAGCCCAUGUUCAAGCACCUCAAGAUGUCCUAUGUGGGUCUGCAACUUAUUGUUGUCAUCCUGCCUGGAAAAACGCCUGUCUAUGCUGAGGUGAAGCGAGUGGGCGACACUCUUUUAGGCAUGGCCACCCAAUGUGUUCAAGUGAAGAACGUGGUCAAAACGUCCCCGCAAACUCUCUCCAACCUCUGCCUCAAGAUCAACGCCAAGCUGGGAGGCAUCAACAACGUGCUAGUGCCGCACCAGAGACCGUCCGUAUUCCAGCAGCCAGUCAUCUUCCUGGGCGCAGACGUGACACAUCCCCCGGCAGGAGAUGGAAAAAAGCCAUCCAUAGCGGCGGUGGUGGGCAGCAUGGACGGCCACCCGAGUCGCUACUGUGCGACAGUGCGAGUCCAGACGUCCCGGCAAGACAUGUCCCAGGAGCAGCUCUUCAGUCAGGAGGUCAUUCAAGAUCUGACCAACAUGGUGCGAGAGCUACUGAUCCAGUUUUACAAGUCCACUCGCUUCAAGCCAACUCGCAUCAUUUAUUAUCGUGGUGGUGUGUCAGAAGGACAGAUGAAACAGGUAGCGUGGCCAGAGUUGAUAGCCAUCAGGAAGGCCUGCAUCAGUCUGGAGGAGGAUUACCGGCCUGGCAUUACUUAUAUUGUGGUCCAGAAACGCCAUCACACUCGUCUUUUCUGCUCUGACAAAGCUGAGAGGGUUGGGAAGAGUGGCAACGUACCAGCUGGUACCACAGUAGACAGCACCAUCACACAUCCGUCAGAGUUUGAUUUCUACCUGUGCAGCCAUGCUGGGAUUCAGGGUACCAGCCGCCCGUCCCACUACCACGUCCUGUGGGACGACAACUGCUUCACGGCCGACGAACUGCAGCUCCUCACCUACCAGCUGUGCCACACCUACGUCCGCUGCACGCGCUCAGUCUCCAUCCCGGCGCCGGCCUAUUACGCCCGGCUGGUGGCUUUUCGCGCUCGCUACCACUUGGUGGACAAAGACCACGACAGCGCCGAGGGAAGCCAUGUGUCCGGCCAGAGCAACGGUCGCGACCCCCAAGCGUUGGCUAAGGCGGUCCAGAUCCACUACGACACGCAACACACCAUGUACUUCGCCUAA